AAAAUUGAGUACCAACUAGUAAUAUUUGCCCAGGCUGGCUAUUUUGGCCGUGUGGAUGUAGCUUUACCAGGAUGUGAGUCAUUCUUCCUACAAAUGCACCAUGAGGAACAUGGACAUGCGUUGAGAUUUCUCAACUAUAUUAAAAUGCGAGGUGGAUUAGUUAAUUUGUGUUCUCUUAACCCGCCGAAAAAUCAAGAUUGGAGAUGUCCUCUGAACGCAUUCAAGGCAGCAUUACAGCUAGAGAUUGAAGUCGCUGAAAGUAUGGUUGAAACAAAUUGCAUUGCUGAAAAGCACAAGGAUCUAAAUGCAAGUGAUUUUAUUGUAACCGGUUUUCUGGAGGACCAAAUGGAGAGCAUUAAUCAAAUUGCAAGGCUUCUCACUGUACUCUCUGGUAUCGGAGACCAAGCGCUUGGAAGAUUCAUAUUCGAUAAAAACUUGCUUGAUCACUAUGUUUUGCCUGAGUUUAAUAUCCUCAAAAAAAAAGAAAAAUGACACUUAAUAACAUGGAUUUGCAGUUUCGAUUUCAUUUAAAAUGUAAAAUGUGCAAAUAUGUGAGUAUAAUAUAUC